AUGUACCCGGUGGUGCCGGGCCACGAGAUCAUUGGCGAGGUGGUGGCUGCUGGCGCCAAGGUGGCGGGCCUCAAGGUGGGAGACCGCGUUGGUGUGGGCGCCCAGGUCUACUCCGUGUACACCUACAACUACAAGUACGCCGACGGCGCCGUGGCCUACGGCGGCUACGCCGAGCGCGUGCGCGUGUCGCACCACUACGCCUUCCGCAUACCCGACGCGCUGCCCUCUGACCAGGCAGCCCCGCUGCUCUGCGCCGGCGUCACCACCUUCGCGCCGCUCAAGCGCCUCGGCGUGAACGUCGGCACGCGCGUCGGCGUCGUCGGCAUCGGCGGCCUGGGCCACCUGGCCCUUCAGUUUGCCGCGGCGCUCGGGGCCGAGGUGACCGCCAUCUCGACGUCGUCCAACAAGGCCGACCAGGCCCGGCAGCUGGGGGCCACCAAGUUUCUGCUCUUCAACGACGACGCGGCCAUCGCCGCUGCAGCCAACGCGUUCGACGUGGUGGUCGUCACGACCGACCAGAACGACAACGACUGGGCUCGCAUGUUGUCUCUGAUCGACGCGGGCGGCAAGCUCCUCCUGCUCGCGGCGCCGAACAAGCCGCUGGCAGUCCCGGCGCUGGCGGUCCUGUUCGGGCAGCGGUCGAUCGUGGGCAGCCUCAUCGGUAGCCGAGAGGUGGAGGAGGCCACGCUGGCCGUCGCGGCCGAGCACAACGUGCGCGCGUGGGUCCACACCCUGCCACUCGAUCAGGUGAACCAGGGCGUCCAGAUGGUGCGCGACGGCAAAGCCCGCUACCGCGUCGUCCUCACCACCACCCACUAG